CACAAAAUUCUGCGACUAUAGGGCGGCUAACGUAAAUGAUAAUAACAAAUAAUAAACUGCAAGCAACAUAUUACCCAUUUACCGUCCAUUGAAUAUAUGGCGGCUCUGGUUUUAUAAUGUUGAACAUUUUCUGACGUAGCUGCACAGAACAGUGCACUUUGAACUGUAACCUUAUAAAUUAAGAAACAAUUGCUAUUGACAUACACAGCCGCUGCCGGUGUUGAGCUAUUUAUUUACAUUUCUGCAAAUGCUAUACAAAAUCCAAAUUUUAAUGUGUUUUAUGCCAAGUACAACAUAAAAAACCUUGUGAUUUAGUUAUAAUGUGCGCAAAUAAUUCACGGCCCUCAGCAUCGGCAGGCUCCCACGCCAAACUCUGCUCCGAGGGCCGGAUCAGUUUGUAUUGCUUUCUGGCCACGGCGGGUCUCGUGCUUGUGCCCUCAGUUCCUCAGAUAUACUAUGGGAUUGUGCCAAAUGUCUGGGGCGCCAUCCUGUGGGGACCGAUGUUGUACUACGCCCUCAUCAACAUGAUAAUACGUUUUGUGCUCAGAAACAUGGAAUAUCAGGUUGCCAUACGCGCCUCUUUUUUGGGCUUUACCAUGGCGGCGAGCGUUCUAGUCAUUUGUUUUGCGCCCACACCUUGGCAGCAGUUCGGCGUAUAUGGCUGCUUCAUGUCCUUUUUUCAUUACUCUGAGUUUCUGGUUAUUGCGUUUGCAAAUCCACGCACACUCUCACUGGACUCCUUCAUGCUGAAUCAUUCGGUGCACUAUGGCCUGGCGGCAGCAGCCAGUUGGAUGGAGUUUGUCCUAGAGCUAUAUUUUUUGCCCGAAUUCAAGCGUUGGUCCUACUUGUGGCUGCUAGGCGUGACGUUAUGCACCUUUGGCGAAAUUGUGCGAAAGGUGGCCAUCAUUACGGCAGGUCGCAGCUUUACGCAUUUAGUGCAGGAUGAAAAGCACACAGACCACAAGCUAAUAACCCAUGGACUGUACGCCUACAGUCGCCAUCCGUCGUAUGUGGGCUGGUUCUAUUGGUCCAUUGGCACCCAAGUCAUACUGAUGAAUCCGCUGUGUAUUUGCAUUUAUGCUCUAGUCAGCUGGCUAUUCUUUCACGAUCGCAUUUACGUUGAGGAAUACUCGCUGCUGUAUUUCUUUCAAUCGGACUAUGCGCGCUAUCAGAAGCAAGUGCCAACGGGCCUGCCCUUCAUCAAAGGCUAUCUGAUUGAAUAGCAGCCAUAUGGGGAUCAAGUAUGUCAGCCACACAAAUGCAAAUGUAAGCAAACAACAAAUGUAGCCAUAGUUUUCCCUCAGUCUCCUAUACUUUUCUAAGGACGAACCAUACAAAACUCAAGUUUGUGCACACAAGAACAAUAGAAAUAGUGAAGAACAUUUUCUGUUAUUAUCUACACUAUUCGUAUUGUUUUCAGCUAGGUAAUAUACGAUUUUUAAAUGUUAUAUUAUUAGUAUUUCUCAACAACGAAAUAAAUUCAGAAGCGUCUCUAUAAGU